AUGGCUGAUGACAAGAAUGCACCACCAGUGAAAAGAGUGUCGCGCGCUUGUACAUUUUGUAGAGCUCGCAAAAGCCGUUGUGAUCUGGAAGCUUCUGGCGGUCAACCGCCAUGUGGCAGAUGUCGCAAAGAGAACCGAGAAUGCAUCCUUGCAAGCUCGAAUCGGGGUGGAAGUCGAGUCAGAAAGAAGACGUUGUUGACAACCACCACGACCCCGAUCCAUAGCCUGGCAUCAGUCUCAGUGGAUGCUCAACAUGCACUACCUACUUCCACAUCUCAUUUACAGUCACCUGAGACGCCUAUAGACUCAUCCGUCCUCGAACCGAUCUCUAGUCUGACGCCGAACCCACCGGACAACCAUGACUCUGAUGACGACUCACCCAUAGACAGUACAAUCCCGAGAAACCCUUCAGACGCCUGGCAGUUACUGAGAGACGUUGCGAAAGAUGGUCCUAUCGCCACACAGACUGCUUCCAAUGCUGCCGCAAAUGGAGUGCUACAUACCAACCAAGGAGAAACUGCAGCGACAAGAGCUGCCAGAGGAUCAGCUGGUGUGACGCAUACUGGUCUUGCAACAUAUCGGCUUGUUCGCGAAGGUUACUUGACGGCUGAGAUCGUACACACUCUUGUGCAGCAAUAUUACCAGAAUUACCAUUGCUAUCUGCCGCUGGUUCCGCGGUCAUAUUUUGGGAAAGACGCGCUGGAUCAAUUCGCAAUUUCAGACAAGCACUUACUGACGGCAGUUCUUACCAUAGCGUCGAAUGACCUCGUUGAUCAACCACAUAUCCACCAGUCCAUAUCCAGAUACAUGCACGAUCUGGUUUCUGGUGUAGCUGCUGGUCAUGAUUGUGACGUCGAGGCUGUCGAAGCACUCCUGUUGCUUGCUGAGUGGGAACCUCCUGGCCUGAGGAAUAACAUUGAAGUUAUUGGGAGAGGCGAGGAGGACAGAUCGGCCUGGAUGCAUGUCGGUAUGGCCUUGCGUACUGGCUAUUUCUUGAGCCUCGACAGAACUGCUUUUCGACAAGAAUCCGAUGAGGAAGCAAAAAUCGACGCACGGAAGAGGUUCGCCUGGGCAAAUUGCUAUGUGUCAGACAGACUCAUAUCAGUGCGUAUUGGCAGAGCCUUCUGGUCGAGAGGUCCUGGUCCUAUGACUGGGCUAUCAACUAGAGAUUUUCCCACUCUACAGCCGCAAUUCGACGGUGACGAGGACUAUGCUAAAGUGUUUCAGGCUCAAUUGGACCUGACGCAGUUGUUCUCCAACGUUCACGAUGUGCUUUAUUCUGGAAUGAGAAGCAGCAACCAAAUGAUGCUCCUGGGCGAUUAUGUGAAAUAUGUCGACGACUUUCGCACCGCAAUUGACAGAUGGCAGAUGACCUGGGGGAACAUACAGUGCUCACAGCACAUCAAAAUCACCCUCGAUAUGUCGUACCAAUACCUGCGACUAUACACAAACGCCUUCGUCUUUCAAGCACAAAUCUCACAGGCUAUUUCGAAGAAGAAAAAGGACAAGCCACUUCGAGAACACUUGAGACAGGUUUUCAGCAACGUUGGGGCCAUGCCGGAUGCUCGGUUUAUCUGGGGUAGUGUGGCCGCUGCCAAACAGUUUUUGAACAUGCUCGCAACACAAGUCGAUCCAACGAGACAUCUCCGGUAUAUGCCAUUACGCUUCUACCUAUACACGAUCUAUUCAGCAGUCUUCUUGUACAAGGCAAGAUCAUUUGGUGUACUCAAUGACCAAGAGCAAAGGGCCGUCUGCACCUUGAUCUACUCGUGCAUCGACGUACUGAGACAAGCCUCUUUGUCUCCACAUCAUGCAGGUUCACGAUAUGCUCGCUUAUUAGAGCUGCUCUGGAUGCGACCACUCAAGCUCGGACAGCCAUAUCAUCCCAUGCGAUCACCAGCGGCCCGAUCAGACAGCCAAUUGUCUAGCACUGGCUCGAUCAGGAUGGAUGCUGGUGGGUACAUGCAAUACAGCCCGGCUGAUUUCUCAUGGCUGGAUCUUGAGGCUGUCGGUGAUUUUGUGUCUGGUGACCCUAUGCCGAAUCAGGUCGCCUUCAUGGGCAUGAAUUCAUACCAGAACCCAGCUCAUUUCAUGCCAUCACCGGACACAAUGAAUUGGCAAGCUCAAAACUCAGUGGCCCAUUUUCAGCUCGAUUUGAAUGGUAAUCUCCUUUUCUGA